CGGCUGCUGCCUAGAGAGCCAGACACAGAGCAAGAAGCGGAGGCAGGGCGCAGCAGAAGCUGUCAGAAGAGGUGGGGAAUUGAGUCCCAGAGAGGGAGAAGGCACGCACGAGCUGAGGUUGGGCACAAAGCAGUCCCCGAGCCCAAGAGCGGACACCUGCUUCCCGAAAAGAUUGGUGAGGCAGAAGGGCCUUAAGCAAGAGCUCCUUCUCAGGAGGGGGCAUUCCCCAAGAAGACUGUCCUGACCACGCCCUGCCAUCAGCUGCCUGGAAAGCCUGUAAGACGGUGGCAUCCUCCCUGGGCAUUAGAAAAAGACUCUGCAAGGGAACCUGUUGGCAAAAGUUCAGUACAUCUCAGCAAGAUCCUCUGCACCACGCAGGCUGCUGGGAAGGAGUCCCACGUGUCUAGAGGGAGUUUAGGACCAGCCCUGAGACCGGUGGCUUAGACAGCAGACCUCUCCUUCUGAAGGGAAACUGCACAGCGGCAUGACUGAAAACUCGACUGCGGCCCCUGCUGCCAAACCCAAGCGGGCCAAGGCGGCCAAGAAGUCCACAGACCACCCCAAGUACUCCGACAUGAUUGUGGCCGCCAUCCAGGCUGAAAAGAGCCGGGCUGGUUCCUCGCGCCAGUCGAUCCAGAAAUACAUCAAGAGCCACUACAAGGUAGGAGAGAAUGCCGAUUCCCAAAUCAAGCUGUCCAUCAAGAGGCUGGUCACAACAGGUGUCUUGAAGCAGACCAAGGGGGUCGGGGCGUCGGGUUCCUUCCGCCUGGCCAAGAGUGACGAACCCAAGAAGGCUCCGGUCAAGAAGGCCAAAAAGGAGGUCAAGAAGGCCGCAACGCCCAAGAAAGCUGCUAAGCCCAAGAAAGCUGCUGCCAAGUCCCCGGCCAAAAAGCCCAAGCCUGCCGCGAAGAAAGCCAAAAAGAAGCCAGCGCCCGCUCCAAAGAAAGCCAAGAAGCCAAAGACUGUCAAGGCCAAGCCUGUGAAGGCCUCCAAGCCUAAGAAGGCAAAAGCCUCCAAGCCCAAAGCAAAGUCCAGCGCAAAGAAGUCAGCCAAGAAAAAGUGAGGGGCGAGUUUGGGACCUUCUUUCUUGGACCUUCUUCUUGACCUCUCCUCUGUAAAUAGACUCCUUCUUUAUUCUCUACUCAUUUCUAUUGCAGCUUUAUAAAGACUGAACGGUUCUUGCCCUGUACUUUAAAAACCCAUUCAUCUGGAAAGCUACAUUUGGGGUUUGGUUUGGUUUUUUCUAUUGUGAUUUGAAAGAGACUUUUAUGUCAUUCUUCUGUUUCCCUUCUCUAUUAAGGUAUGCAGCACUUGUGUUCUGAGCAUGAGGGAAGAUUAAUGAGGGACAUUCUUAAUGUUCUUGUUUCUGGAGGAGGAUUUGAGAGGUAUUUGAUGAAGGAGGGGAUGUGCUGGGGGCCUUCCUUAACUGGAUCUCCUCAACUAGAUAGACCCACAACCGAUUGCUGUAACUGGCUUUUAAGCAAAACACAACUUUGGUUUUUCAUGGAUGAAUAGGCUUCCAAUUUAGCAAAUACGGGGAUGGUUGUUUCCAGGGCCACAACUAGGGUCUGUGUCACCCGGGGCAAACAUGGAUUCCACACCCAUUUUGGCGCCCCCCCCCCAGCACUCAUUUUGGCGCCCCCCCCAGCACGGCGCCCGGGGCACAUGCCCCAGUUGCCCUCCCCCUAAUUGUGGCCCUGGUUGUUUCUUUCUAGACCUAGUGAAGGCUGGAUUGGUCGAGGUUAAUAAGCUUUCCACUGACUUCAUUGUUUCAGAGGGGGACUGUGCUAUUUGCAGGGAAGAUUGAAAUGGGGUCAGUGAAAAAUCCUGCAAAUAUUUGAAUCUCUCCCUAUUAAUAUUCGUAUAUGCUGGCAACAUUGGAGUAAAGAAAGUGAAGAUGUUAAUUCUGUUCUUCAAAAGAGAAUAGAAAUAGUUAGGAGGGUGGUGUGUGCAUGGAUUCUGACUGCCAUCUGGUUCUGGCAAUUUCAAGAGAGGUGUUGCAAAAGCUAUCUAUUGCCUGCUGUUGGAAUCUGGAUGCUUCCCAACUCUGCAGUGUCUGCCACCUAAAAUUAAAACUUUUGUAUAAGGAGUAUAGUCUACAGGAUUCCCCCCCCCUUCACUUUUUAAUUAUGUGUCUUUUGACUUGGUAAGGGAGAAAGAACAAAUGUAGGGGAUAAUAGAUAACACAAAUGUAGCCAAUAUUGAAUCUAGGAAGCUGUAUACAAUUAUUGCUAAGGUUUGGAGUGUUUUCCCCCAGAGGGGAAUGUAAAACAUAAUUUUAAGUACUCCAGUUUAAAAAAAAAUUAGGUAUGCUUAUGUUUAAACAAAAGCAAAUUCUUAUAGGAUUGAUAUAUGUUCAUUUUACUUUGUAUGUGUAAUUUUGUGCCAGGAAGAUUUAGCUGUCUUUGUAAUUUUAGGGUUUAAAAUAAAAUUUAAAACCGACUAACA